AUUUAUUUACUUUAUUAUAGACCAUGUGCCAUGUCCUAUGAUAGGUACAGUUGUCAGUAAUCAGUCACACGAAAUAAAUAUAUUAAAGACAUUAAUUCAUCUAUUUAAUAAUCUAUUCAGUUCCAGUCAUGAUUUAAGAUCGUGGUUCCAGUAUUUCUGCGCCUCUAAUUUUGUAUUUUUUUUGUAAUCGUAAGAACUUAACUCGUCGAUCAAGCAUGAAUUUAUUAAAUACACCACGUAUGAAAAAAGAACUUGGCCAAUUGCUUAACAAACCCCCAUUUGGAAUGAAAGUUAAUGUUAAAGAAGGAUCAACCUCUGUUUUAGAAGCUGAACUUCAUGGACCUAAAGAUUCUCCAUAUGAAAACGGAAUUUUCAAAUUGCAGAUAGAAUUGCCAGUGAAGUAUCCAUUUGAACCUCCUAGAGUGACAUUCAUUACACCUGUUUAUCAUCCAAACAUAGAUAGCGGUGGCAGAAUCUGUUUAGACAUUUUGAAAAUGCCCCCAUCUGGUGCAUGGAAACCAUUAAUAAACAUUGAAGGUGUAUUAGUUGCCAUAUGUAAUUUAAUGAACUGUCCAAAUCCUAAUGAUCCACUUGUACUGGACAUUGCAAAAGAAUUUAAGAAUGAUAAAGAAACAUUUGAAACCAAAGCUAAACACUAUACUAAAGAACAUGCUAUUUCAGUCAUCGAAUAAUUAUAUUUUAAUUUAAUAUGUUUCUAAUAUUCUACUAUUAUUUUAUAAGAUAAUAUUUCAGCCAACCGAAUUACUAGCUUGUAAAUUUUAAACUUUCUUUGUAUACUUUUUUAAAAUUUAUUAUUUUUUGUGAUUUAAAAUAUUGGUUGGAUAAGAAAUAUUGAAUACAGGAAAAAGUUUUUUACCA